GACCUCAAAAAGUAUUUUCAAACACUUUGUACAGUCGGCAGAGAAAAAUCAAUCUACAGAAAAUGCUCUCAGCUGUUCUGUGUUAGCUUCAGCGUUCAUGUCAACUAUAAACUGCUUUAUAAACACCUGACGUGUGUGAUUCUGCAGAAAUGUCCAGUUUCUGCAGGAACGUCUGAUUCAGGCUGGAGGACUGAAAUAACCCGAGCAGGGCUGGCUGCACAACCAGACGACUAACGAAUGUGACCGUUACUGUCACAAUAAUCAGCUGUUUGCAUCGAUCUCAUCUCCUCUGCCCCCUCUUGAUAAUCAAUAUGUCCCAACCAAACUACCCAGUUGGCUCCAGGGGGGAUGGGACAAAAUGAGAAACUGGUACACUGUGAUGGAAACUGUUGGGAAGGGAGGAGGGGGAGAAGAGCCUAUGAGAAUAGAGUGAGAGAAGAAAAGAGGCUGAGACUAAAAACUCCAUCAGAGCUUCAUCUCUCACAGCAUCCAUCCACACAGGCAGGCAGGCUCUCUCCUUAUCCCAGGAAUAAAACCUCAGAGAUGGACGCUGAUGAGGCCAAAUCUCCCUCCAACACGAUUGUGCUGGAGUUCAAAGAAGACACCGCGCUGACAGAGAUGAUGCGCCUUCGCGUGUCCUCCCUGCAGCGGUCAGGGCAGAAGCGUCAGGACGGCGAGCGUCUGCUUCUGCCCUACGAGGCCGUGUAUCGGCUGGACUUCGCCAUCCAGGAGCUGAACUUCUCCCGCUGGUAUUUCUCCCUCUCCGGCUACGGCCGCGUCACCAUCACCGGUAUUUGCCAGCAUUGGACCCCCGACCUCACCAACCUGAUGACCCGGCAGCUGCUGGAGCCCAUUGGAACAUUUUGGCGUAAUGCCGGCGACCCCGAAGAUUCACAGCUCAAGUGCCUGGAGGCGGACAUGCAGGAAUUCGGCGAAAGGAUUGCAGAGCUCGCCAAAGUCAGGAAGGUCAUGUACUUCCUGCUUGCUUUCAAGGAUGGGGCCGAGGCGGCGAAUCUCAACUGCUCGAUCGAGUUCACAACAGAGAAAUGACUUUUAUUUAGUGCCAGUAGAAUCCUGAUAGAGUCCAGAAGAAGCCUUUAAAAUUUCUAUUCUAUCAGCCAUUAUUUUACUGUUGAUUAGAAAAACCUGACAACUCCUUUUCAACCAAUCAGAGAUAGAUGAGCUUAAAUAUUCUCCCUCAAACUAGUUAAACAGUUACUCUCUUUCUAUCUUUGAGUGUAAGUAAAACGUCUGUUUGAUUUUUUUAACAGUAAAAGUUACAUAAACACCAAAACAGGUUUUAAAGCAAGUAUUUCAACACAAAAGCAACAUUUUUUGUGAAAAUAAAACCUGAAAUGAACACAAUGACAAGAGAAAGAAAACAUAAUGCUUUGAAUUAACACUUAAUAUGCUUUUAUAUAUGUUGGUGCUAAUUAAAGGGACAGUUCACCCCAAUGGAUGCAGUCCGGUUUCUCUAUUUCACAGACAUAAGAUCCAUUCGUGAGUGUUUAAAAAACGACUACAUUAGAAAAUUACAGAAGAUAUCCAAGCAAGAUGAUGAGCCUGGUAUCAAAUUAUAGGUACAAAGAAAACUUUUCAUAUGUUUUAACUGGUUUGAAGCCCACAUGGUGAUAUGAUCCUUGAAAGUGACUGAAAAUGGACUC